CAGAGAUGGUCUCACUUCCGCGGCGAAGUCUUUGCAUCCUAGUUGCGUUAUUGGCGCUUGCGCAUAGCCAAGAUACACCAGAUCCGACAACAAUUGCUACGAGCGAGACACCAACAUCAGCUCCAACUUCUAAUAUUACGACGAUACAACCCACACCCGAGCCUACCCCUCUUCCAACCCCUGAUCCGACUCCUGAAUUAAGUCCUCAACCCACACCUGAGCCUACCCCUGCUCCAACCCCUGCGCCUACCCCUGCUCCAACACCUCAACCAACUCCAACACCCCAACCUACACCUGAACCUUCCCCUGCUCAAACAGCUUCGCCUAUCCCAUCCCCCACUCCUCAGACAACCCCCCCACCCCGAGUUCGGAAGUCAUGGCUCAGUCUCACUGCAGAUGAACAAUCACUUUAUUUGGAAGCUGUGCAGUUAUCGAUGACGCUUGGGUACCACUACUACUUCGUCCAACUCCUCGAAGAACCCCAAACGUACUACGAGUACUACUUGACCAGCGGCUGGGCGUACUGGAACCGUAAGCUGCUUCUGGCUUACGAAACAAUGCUCCGCGGGUUGUCUCCUCGGUUUGCAGCUGUGACACUGCCGUACUGGGAUGCCUUUGCCGACUUUGCCCUUGUUCAAACUACAAACUGCACGUUGUUGGACUGUUCGGCCAUUCUGACAGGCUUUGGGGGCUCCUCUGGCACAAUUGGAAACUUGACCAUCGAUCGAAACGACACCAGAGGCAUCAAGGUAACUGCGCCACAGGUCAAGAGCUUCUGUGAGUCCGACACCAACUCUUCGUGCGCCGGCUACAUCAUUCGGUCAUCUUGGCGUCGUUCCUUUCCGUCGGGGUUUGGGUACUUUUCCCUCGCGUCAGCGCUCAACACUGCAUCGAGCUUUCAACAGUUCACGUCAGUGAUUAAAUCUGGCAUGCACAACAACAUGCAUCUAGCAUUAGGCGCCAUGAUGGCCAACAACCGGACGAUCGCAGACACCCUAUUCAUGCCACUUCACGCUUCAUUUGACAUGGUACUCCAAAUCUACAUUAAUUGCUACGUGGGCGAAUUCCCCUCCGAGGCCGCAAAGCGCAACACCACGUCCGCGUGGCCCUUCGUCCCGUCUUCGAUUUCGAAUCCCCCGUAUCCUGCGCCUACUCUCAACUCCAACAUUACCCAUCGCCUACCUUUGACAGGAACCCAGCUCGGAACGUUUGUGGACGCAGCAGCGCAUCCGGUGCUCGGCCCCCUCUUUCAAUCCCUGCCACCCGCCUACUGGCAAUACGUGAGCGCGUCCAACCUGGGUGGCGCGCACAGCUACACAUAUGACUAUAACUCGCUCAUGACCAACUUGGUGUCAAAUAUGUACAAGUGCGUCGUGGUGCGACCAACCAUCACGGCACCGCCUCCAGCCCGCCGACGCAUCCUGCGCAAGUCCUUGGUAGCACCAGAUACCAUCGUAGCCCCAGAUGACAUCGUAGCCCCAGAUGACAUCGUAGCCCCAAGUACCAUCGUAUCCCGAGAUACCAUCCUUGGACCAAGAAGGGCCGCUCGCCAGCGAUCGGAGUUCCGGGUGAUGACAAUUGCAGACCGCAUGCAACGUGAGAUCUGCCAAUUCCUCUCCAACCGAGACUUGUGCACUCGACUGCUGCACUACAUCGAGUGCGCGUGGACAGCCACAACGAUGGGCGCAGAUCCUGUGCAGAGCAGUACGUUUUCGGGUGGAGUUGGCAAGGAUGCCGACCAGAUGGUGACGUCGCCAUGCACGGAAUCUCUCCUGUCCAGAGAAGCCCUCAAGUACAGCUCGACCAUCUCACGCGGAGUCAACGUGCUGACGAGAUUGCUGAACGCAUGAGAUUCGUGGUCAAGCUGGCCCUACGACUGGUGCCUGCAUCGUACUCAGGGUACUCAGGUACUGUAUAUGUUUCAAUAAAAAAGAGCAGUGACGUUAGUUUCAAAAACUAAAAUUGCAUUGUGAAUUCGCUACCUAGUAACUUCCAAAC